AUGUUGGUGGCUGUUGCUCUUGGUGCCCUUGUCAUCGUCAUUGUUUGGAAAUGCACAUCAACAAAUGAAUCUUAUCCACCUUAUGCACCAGGACGGCUUCCAAUCAUUGGUCAUUUGCAUCAUCUCGCAGGGAACAUCACCGCCCAAGAAUUGUUUCGACGUUGGAGCUUACAAAAAGGCCCCAUAUUCACUGUCCAAUUGGGUGUCAAACGCUGGGUGAUUUUGAACUCCAUGGAUGCAGUGAACAAGCUCAUUGUUGAACGCAGCACUGUUUAUUCUUCUCGCAAUCUUCCAGAUACACUGGUCAAUGACUUGUUUUAUGGAGUGAGCCAUGGCGGCGGCUUUGCUUUUUAUCCAUAUGGCAAGGAAUGGCGUUACCUAAGACGAAUAGCACAUAAUGUAUUGGUGCUUCGCAAGAUUGACCUCUAUCAACCGAUCAUUGAUGAGCGUCGCAAUACUUUGAUCAAAAACAUUUGGGAUGCAUCCAGCAAGUACGAUCAUCAGAAGGCUUUCCAGCUGACUAUGUUCAUUGAACAUUAUACCAUGACAACUAUCCUUGCUAUCGCUUUUGGCAAAAUGUGUUCCUUUACACCGGGUGACCCCAAAUUACAUGAAGCAUUUGCUCUUACUGAACGCAGUGCUGCCCUUCUUGGUCCAUCCGAGCAAAUACGCGAGUUCUUCCCUGUUCUCAACAUGAUCCUUCCAAGCGCUCGUGCCGAAUUUAUCGAUGUGCGGAAAAAGAUGUCAGCGUUUUAUGGUGGUUUGUUGGAGGAAUUCAAGGCACAACCCGAUCGCGAUGAUUGUUUUGUAAAGGAGGUGUUAGCUAAAGGCGAGCUCACAGAUCUACAAAUUGCUACUUUUGUCACCUUAUUUGUUGGUGCAGGAUCGGAGACUACAGCUUCAACGCUUGAAUGGAUGAUAGCCUUACUUGCAAACCACUCUGAGAUCCAGGACAAGGCCUAUAAUGAAAUCAAAGAAGCAUGUGGGCUUGAUCACCUACCAACCCAUGAAGAUGAAUCAUCGCUCCCUUAUCUUCAAUGUAUCAUACUUGAGACCCUAAGAUUACGACCACCAGCACCAUUAUCGGUACCUCAUGCAACCAGCGAGGAUGAUGUAUAUCAAAAUUGGUUCAUUCCAGCCAAUACCACUGUGAUUAUGAAUUUGCAUGCUAUCCAUCAAGAUCCUUCCCAAUACCCUGAACCAGAAAGGUUUAUUCCUGAAAGACACAUGUCGUUUGUGGAAACGGGUACUAAAAAGUUCAGUCAAACAACCAAAGAUCGACCACAUCUUGCAUUCUCCACAGGACGUCGUGUAUGUGUUGGCAUUCAUCUCGCUGAACGAAGUUUAUUCAUGGCAGCAUCAGCUCUUCUUAGCUGUUUCAAAUUUGAGAGAGAGCGCGAUGAGCCUAUUAAUGUUAGUGAACCAAGGGACAUUCGAUCACCCACUUUUGCACCUCCUGCAUAUAAGGUGCGCAUUGUUCGUCGACAUAACAAUAUAUCUGUAAUUUAG